AUGAAAGUGGCAAUUCCAAGAGUUUUCAAGCAAGCCAGGCAUCGCUACUGCAUGUGGCACAUUAUGUGUAAAGUUGGGGAAAAGGUGGGUCCUACGUUGAACAAGAAUGAGGAGUUCAAGAACAAACUGAACUCAAUCGUUUGGAUGUCAUCUUUGGAACCUCCUGAUUUUGAGAAACAGUGGAGAGAGCUCAUUGAAAAGUACAACUUAGCCGAACACAAUUGGUUUACAACUAUGUUUGAGGCUAGAAACCAUUGGAUCCCAACCUAUUUUAGAGAUGACUUUAUGGGGGGUCUACUCAGGACAACGUCUCGUUCCGAAAGCGAGAACUACACGUACAGCCGUUUUACUGGCCCACAGUCUAGCAUAGUUGAAUUCAUGAUGAACUUUGACAGUGCUCUUAAAUCACAACGUAACACAAACGCAAAGCUCAACAGUGACAAUGAAGGCUACAAUCCAGAUAUGAAGACGCCUCUAGGGAUCGAAAAACACGCUUCAAUCGUCUACACCAUUACUGUUUUCUAUCAAGUUCAGGAAGAAAUAUGUGCCUCCUGUUUCAAAUGUAUAGUGUUGAGUGUUAGAGAAGAUAGUGGAAUGUUGCACUAUGAUAUUAUGGAUGGAAAGAACAAAAUAUUUACUGUGGUGCACAGUGUAAAUGACCAUGAGGCCAAAUGCAGUUGCAAGAUGUUUGAGAUGGUUGGACUGUUGUGUAGACACAUAUUUGUGGUCUUUAGAGACCUUGAAACGAUCCCUCUGAGGUAUGUGGUUAAUCGUUGGACUAAGGAUGCAUCUUUAAAGGCUACAUUUGAAAUAGAUGGUGUCAUUUAUGAUCAGAAUGGACCAAAAGAUGAAAAGAAGAUGGUGUUGAACAAACUGUGGGCAGAUGUACACUGUUGUAUUGAUCUAGCAGGUUCAAACAUGGAGCAAUUGGCUGCAUUUUCGCAAGUGAUUAAUGAAUAG